AGAGACUGUUGUUACUUUACAUGUCAUAAUGGAUAAAGGGGAGCAGGAUCUCAGGUCGGUGCCCUGGAGUUACCUUCAGAUGCUAGAUCCUGGAGACAGAGCAUGACAGGAAGGAAUCAAACCAGCAUCUCAGAGUUCCUCCUCCUGGGCCUGCCCAUCCAGCCAGAGCAGCAAAACCUGUUCUAUGCCCUGUUUUUGGCCAUGUAUCUUACCACCCUCCUGGGGAACCUCCUCAUCAUCAUCCUCAUUCGACUGGACUCCCAUCUCCACACGCCCAUGUAUUUGUUUCUCGGCAACUUGUCCUUCUCUGACCUCUGCUUCUCUUCCGUGACCAUUCCAAAGUUGUUACAGAACAUGCAGAGCCAAGACCCAUCCAUCCCCUAUGCGGGCUGCCUGACCCAGAUGUACUUCUUCUUGUUUUUUUGGGAUCUGGAGAGCUUCCUCUUUGUGGCCAUGGCCUAUGACCUCUAUGUGGCCAUCUGCUUCCCCCUCCACUACGUCGCCAUCAUGAGCCCGAUGCUGUGUCUCUCCCUGGUGGCGCUGUCCUGGGUGCUGACCACCUUCCACGCCAUGUUGCACACUUUACUCAUGGCCAGGUUGUGUUUUUGUGCAGACAAUGUGAUCCUCCACUUUUUCUGUGAUAUGUCUGCUCUGCUGAAGCUGGCCUGCUCUGACACUCGAGUUAAUGAAUUGGUGAUACUUAUCAUGGGAGGCCUCAUUCUUGUCAUCCCAUUUCUACUUAUCAUUGGGUCCUAUGCACGAAUUGUCUUCUCCAUCCUCAAGGUCCCUUCUUCUAAGGGUAUCUGCAAGGCCGUCUCUACUUGUGGUUCCCACCUCUCUGUGGUGUCACUGUUCUAUGGGACAAUUAUUGGUCUCUACUUAUGCCCAUCAGCUAAUAAUUCUACUCUAAAGGAGACUGUCAUGGCUGUGAUGUACACUGUGGUGGCCCCCAUGCUGAACCCCUUCAUCUACAGCCUGAGGAACAGAGACAUGAAGGGAGCCCUGGGCAGAGUCAUCCGUCAAAAGAAAACUUCCUUCUCUCUAUGAUGAUAACACUUGGAGCUAUUAUAUAGUUUAUCCAGUAAAAUAUUGACAUUAAUAUUGGAAUAUUAUUCAACAUUGUUUCCUCACCAUAAAUACUUUUGUUAAAAUGGCAUCCUACAUAAUUUUUCAAUUCGUAGUGGAGAUGAAGUAGAGCUGAGUACUUGAACUAGGAGAGAGUGUCUUGGUGACUUUGCUAAGACUUCCUUUUUUGUCUUCCCAAGGUGAUCCUGGAAAAAUAUAGUUGAAGAACGUCUUUAAAUGGUUUUAAAUGGUCUUCAUGCCCCACAUCCUUAAAUUAUCAUAGGAUUUUGUUAUGUUACUCAGAAUUCUGCUUUGAUUGUAGAAACAUUUUUAUUUAAUUUAAAAA